CUCUCUCCCUCCCUUCCUUCCUUAUCGCCUCUCCAUACACCACCCCCCCUCCCCUACUUACACUGCCCCUUUACACCCCCCCCUUUCCAACCUUCUUCAAGAACGCAUCCCCCCUCCCCUCCGGCAGACCUGAGAGAGUUCGCACAUCAAUUUAUACUUCACAACAACAACUCUGCUGCGAUGGGACUCAGAAGUGCGCUACUGGCCGGGGUGGCCCUCUUCGGCAGUCUAACCCAUGCUGCCUCAAGCUUUAGUCCUGCAAGACCGCCGGCGAUCCCGCUAGCCGUCAAAGGCCCGUACCUAAACUCGUGGCUACAGGUUGGUUCCGAUGGCGGGAACGGAGGCUAUCUUGCAGGUGAAUGGUCGAAAUUCUGGAGCCAACAAGUAACGGGCUGGGCAGGCUACAUCCGCGUGGAUGGCACGCCGUACAACUGGCUGGGUGCGCCUGGCGGCGCCGACUUGGUCGACCAGACCGAGUUCUCCUACACGUCCACGCGCAGCACCUUCGUGAUGAGCGUCGGCGGCAAGGUCGAGAUGAACAUCACGUUCUUAACUCCCGUGACCCCCUCGGACUUGAGGCGGCAAUCUCUGGUCUUCUCUUACCUGGAAGUCGCCGUUCAUUCGCUUGACGGCGCGAACCACGACGUCCAACUGUACGCGGACGUCUCAGCUGAAUGGGCCUCGGGCGAUCGGGGGGCGGUCGUCACGUGGGAGUACGACACUGCGGAUGGCGUCGCGUACCAUCAGUUUGCGCGCCAGAGCCAGCAGGAUAUGACCGAGUCGAACCAGCAGGCGAACUGGGGCAAUUGGUUUUGGUCUACCAAGGACGCGGACAAUCUAUCAUUCCAAAGCGGUGCCGACGUGGACGUAAGAGCAGCUUUCAGAAACAACGGCGUUCUUGCAAACACAAAGGACACCAACUACCGAGCCGUUCAAGAUAACUGGCCUGUAUUUGGUUUUGCCAACGACCUUGGUUCCGUCGGUGGUGACUCUGUCUCAACGCUGUACUCGAUCGGUAUGACCCAGGGCGGCGCAAUCAACCUCCUGGGUGAAGGAGACGGGUUGACAACGUAUCCCGCGUUGUGGAACAGCUACUUCGGUUCUGACGUCGAUGCUAUGACAUUCUUCUACAACGACUACCAAGAAUCCACUGGACUGGCUACCGACCUGGACAACAAAGUAGCCUCGGACUCGCUCGCAGCCGCGGGUCAAAACUACCUCACAUUGACCAGUCUCAGCGUGAGGCAAACUUUCGGCGCCUUGCAGUUCACCGGCACAGACUCAGACCCGCUCGUGUUCCUCAAGGAGAUCAGCUCGAACAGCGACAUCCAGACCGUCGACGUGAUCUUCCCGGCGAUCCCGCUGAUUCUGUACACGAACCCCAACCUGCUGGACUACAUGCUCAAGCCGCUCUUCCUCAACCAGGAGAACGGGCACUACCCGAACACGAACGCGAUCCACGACCUCGGAACCUUCCCCGUGGCGCGCGGCUACCCAGACGGCUCCGACGAGCCCAUGCCGCUCGAGGAGUGCGGCAACAUGAUCAUCAUGGUUCUCGCGUACGCGCAGCGCACCAACGACAACGCCUACCUCACCGCGCACUACCCCAUCCUCAAGCAGUGGGCCGGCUACCUCGUCGACGAGGCGCUCAUCCCCGCCGACCAGAUCUCGACCGACGACUUCGCCGGCUCGCUCGCCAACCAGACGAACCUGGGUCUCAAGGGCAUCAUCGGGCUGCGCGCCAUGUCGGAGAUCUCGGACCGCACGGGGAACUCGGACGACGCACAGACGUACCUCGACACCGCGACCUCGUACAUCGCGCAGUGGCAAGGGUUCGGGCUCAACACCGCCGCGUCGCCUCCCCACGCGACCUUGAGCUACGGCGACGGCGCCUCGCACGGCCUGCUGUACAACCUGUACGCGAACUCUCUCCUCGGCUUCGAGUACGACUUCGUGCCGCAGUCGGUGUACGCGAUGCAGUCGGACUUCUACCCGACCGUCGCGCUCGAGUACGGGAUCCCGCUCGACACGCGCCACACGUACACCAAGACCGACUGGAUGAUGUGGUGCGCCGCCAUCACGAGCCCCGAAACCCGCGACGUGUUCUUGCAGCUUGUGGCGGGGUGGAUCGACAGCACGCCGACGAAUCUCGCGCUGACGGAUCUGUAUGAUGCGGGCACGGGCGAUUAUCCGCCGGGGCUGCAGUUUACGGCAAGGCCGGUGGCGGGGGGCCAUUUUGCGCUGUUAGCGCUGCCGUAGGGGUGGUGAUGGUGAUGAGUUGACGAGGACGACAAACGAAGGUGGUGCAUUCAAGGUCCAGUUUAGGGCUAGGGGUGUUGGCCGGAAGGUUCACCUGCCCCUGAACUAUGCACCAUGGCUUCUACCGUCCCAUAUUCUCUUUAUGUCUUUUUUUGUUGUUGUUAUAUUUCACACCCUCUACAAAUCCCGCCUAUAUACCUACCAUUUACCCAUUUACUUACCAUACGUACCCACGACCCAUAACAACCAACCAACCAACCAACCUACCUACCCUUUUUCAUUUCAGCAUGGCAUGGCAUGGCGUGGCGUGGGGGCAAAUCGUACCUACCUACUCGACCUAAACCUCUCUAUCUAUGGGACGGACAUCAAUCAACGGGGUGGAAGGGGCCAGGAAGAUAACAGGAGUACGGGGAAAGGACGGGCAUAAAAUCAUACCUAACCUACCACAUCGUUUUUCACGGGGGGCGGAAAUAUCUACUAGGUGGU